AUUGCAGUGAAGGUCAAAAUAGAGGAGAAAGCUCGAGAUGGAAAAUCCUUUGCUCACACCCUAUAAAAUGGGUAACUUUCAACUUUCUCACAGAGUUGUGUUGGCGCCAUUAACAAGGACAAGAUCAUAUGGCAAUGUUCCUCAACCACAUGUUUUCCUUUAUUACUCACAAAGAACCACAAAAGGCAGUUUUCUUAUAUCAGAAGCUAUAGGAGUUUCUGACACCUCCCAUGGAUACAAAGAUACACCUGGUAUAUGGAGGAAGGAUCAAGUCGAGGCCUGGAAACCAAUUGUAAGUGCUGUCCAUGACAAAGGAGGAAUCUUUUUUUGCCAACUUUGGCAUACAGGGAGAAUUUCUACCAAAGAUUUCCAGCCCAAUCGACAAGCUCCUAUCUCCAGCACAGACAAGCCAGUAAAAACUCAAACUCCGCCACGACAGCUGAGCACAAAUGAAAUUCCUCAAAUUGUUAACGAUUUCAGGAUUGCUGCUAGAAAUGCCAUUGAAGCUGGAUUUGAUGGGGUUGAGAUCCAUGGAGCUCAUGGCUAUCUAAUUGACCAGUUUAUGAAAGACCAAGUCAAUAAUCGAACUGACCAAUAUGGAGGGACUUUAGAGAACCGUUGUAGAUUUGCACUCGAAAUAGUUGAAGCAGUUGUAAAUGAGAUAGGAGCUGACAGAGUCGGAAUAAGGCUUUCCCCAUUUGCUAACUACAUGGAUUCUGGAGACUCAAAUCCAAGUGCUUUGGGACUUUACAUGGCUGAAUCCUUGAAUAAGUAUGGUAUAUCUUAUUGUCACAUGGUUGAGCCAAGAAUGAAAACAAUUGGGGAAAAAGUUGAAUGUCCUAAAAGCCUUGUACCCAUGAGGAAGGCAUUUAGAGGUACUUUUAUUGUAGCUGGUGGUUACGAUAGAGAAGAUGGAAACAAAGCUGUGGAUAAAGGCCGAGAUGAUCUUGUUGCGUAUGGACGUCUGUUUAUAGCUAAUUUGGAUUUACCCAAGAGAUUUGAGCUUGAUGCACCUCUCAAUAAGUAUAACAGGGAAACAUUCUAUACUUCUGAUCAUGUUGUUGGCUAUACUGACUAUCCAUUUCUAGAAAAUGUGGUAUGAUGAUGCCAAGGAAGCUUUAAAGAUCACUAGGUCUUCCUCAACAAGGAAAGGAUUCCUUUGUAUCUUGAAGUGUCCUCGCAAAUCAAAUUAUCACCUUUGAUUUAGUUGUCACCCCAGAACCUGUAUGCUAGGACUUCCUUUAUUGACUUGAUUGGAUAUCCAUUUUACAUCCUCAUUCCAACUUAAGAUACAUCUUUACAGACAAAGAACAUAUGAUUGAAAGACAACUUGUCACGUAGAACAUUAUAUGGAAGUUGUGAACCCAUUGGAACCAAAAUUCAUCUCUUUUAUCGUGCCAAAAUCCAGAGUAGUUUACAUAUGACUACUCUAUUAAAAAUGUUGGAAGUUAAUCAAAUCCAAGCCUCUGGCUCCUCUUGGUUUGUUCAAAGUUCCCAUGCUACCAAUGACUUCCUUGAAGUUUCUGUAGCCCCUGACCAUAAAAACGUUGUGCACACUACACCAUUUUAGGCCUACGGCCACCCCAGUAAAGUGUAGCCUAAACUAGCAAAAAGUGUGGCCUUUGAUAAAAGGCUACACUUUUUGACUUUAAGCAACACUUUUUAAGGGGUAGCGUAACCUUUGACAUUAGGCAACACUUUUUAAAUGUCGCCAGGCACGCUUUGUAGUGAUGCAUUAGCGACACCUUUUUUUAAUUAUACUACACUUAAAAGCGUUGCCUUUGCUUUGUUAUUGGUCACACUUAAAAAGUGUUGCCUUUUAUA